GCUACAAAACACGUCUUCGGGUACGGACCUAUGGACUGGCAGCUCGGUGCAGCCACGAAGAUCCUUGAGACCAAUGACUCUAUGAUCAUCGCGGGCACAGGGGCGGGCAAGUCACUCGUAUUCGCGCUGCUUGCAAUUGCAGCUGAGUUGACGAAAUCCGAUGGACUCGUCCUUGUUGUAUGCCCACUUAAAGCC